GGACCCCGAAUUUUUUGUGUCUCCAACGGACACAAAAUGCCUCCAAAGCCCCGUCGCAUUCUCCCCUCGAUUCAUACCCCGUCGAUACCAAAACCACCUUCUAAGAAAAAAGUAAAAAUCCUCCCUCUCUCUGUUUGAGAGAAUGUCUCUGAGAAGAGGCUUUCUCUCCCGGAAGGGCUCUGCCUCUCGCUCCAUCUUCAGAAAUCCCAAAUUCACCACCUCCCGUUUAAAUAUCUCCCCUGAACCCAUAAAUUUGGAGAAAGAUGAUGCGGAAGAAGAAGUGCAAGAGAAGGAAGGAGGAGAAGGAGAUGAUUCUGCCUCCGAUCCCGACGACAAUUGCUGGUCGCUGAUGUUACCCGAGCUCCUCAGCGACAUCAUCCAGCGGGUCGAAUCGAGCGAGGACCGUUGGCCCCUCCGGAAGAACGUCGUGUCCUGCGCCUGCGUCUGCAAGAGGUGGAGAGACGUCACGAGAUCCAUCGUCAGAUCGCCACAGCACAGCGGGAAGAUCACCUUCCCUUCCUCCCUCAAACAGCCGGGCCCAAGAGACCUUCCUCUUCAAUGUUUUAUCAAGAGGAACAAGAAGAACUCGACGUAUUACCUUUAUCUGGGACUUAGCCCAACAUCUGUGGAUAUAGGGAAGUUUCUGUUGGUGGCUCGAAGGUUUCGGCAUGGCGCUCAUACCGAGUAUAUCAUAUCAAUUGAUGCUGAUGAUGUGUCCCAAGGAAGUAAUGCGUAUGUGGGGAAGUUGUGCUCUGAUUUCUUGGGCACCAGAUUCACAAUCUACGACAGCCAACCACCAUACGAUGGUGCAAAGCCGUCAAGCAGUCGUGCAAGCCGCCGCUUCGCCAACAAGCAGAUCUGCCCCCAAGUUCCAGCAGGCAGCUUCGAUAUCGGGCAUGUCUCUUACAAAUUCAACUUGUUGAAGUCAAGAGGACCAAGGAGAAUGCUUUGCACUCUGCAGUACCCCUCAACCAGGGAAACCAGUGGCGAACCCCACAGAAACUGUGAGAAGGAGAACAUUGCAGUUCCUGCUGGGUGCGUGGUUCUGAGGAACAAAGCUCCAAGGUGGCAUGAACAUUUGCAGUGCUGGUGCUUGAAUUUUCAUGGGCGGGUGACAGUUGCGUCAGUCAAGAAUUUCCAGCUGGUGGCUACCAUUGAUCCCAGUCAACCAGGGGCCAUAGGAGAUGAAGAGACGGUGCUCCUUCAGUUUGGGAAAGUAGGGGAUGACAUGUUCACCAUGGAUUACAGGCAGCCAUUGUCAGCCUUCCAGGCAUUUGCCAUCUGCCUCACCAGCUUUGGCACCAAACUCGCCUGCGAGUGAUGUCCCCAGGUUAAUACAUCAGCAUCCAAUUUGAUGUUACCACCAUCUGGUUUUGUUUAUUAUCAGCUUUGAUUUAUGCCUUUUGAGCAUUGUAUAUGUUCUAUCCUAACCUAUGGAUAAUAAUAGUGGGUUUUGCCUCUC